CCUGAAUAUAGUUUUUAUAAACUUAACAACAAAGUAAGACAUAAAGGUGUUGUGUUAAAAUGGCGACUAGAUUGAAUCUCACCAAAAUUUUAUUGGUUGUUUUGGUUCUACUUCUAUCAAUUUCAUUGGAGGUAGAAGCUAGAAGAAAAAUAUUACGAGGACGAAAAACUAUUAAUAGAUCAUACAUGAGAGAAAGUGCAGUACCACCUUUUGUUGUAGUAAUAUUGGUAGCCAUUGGAGAAAUAAUUUUUGGAGGAAUAUUAUACGUAAUAUUUAAAUUUUGUAUUUUGGAUAAACCAAUCAGUCCAAGAUAUCAAAUGGCUCCUAGGGAAGAACCAUAAUUAGAAAUAAUUCCUGACAUAAGGAAAACUAUAUAAUAAAUCUAUUUUCUACGUUGAUGAAUAUUUUUUAAUUUUGCA